CUCAGUCGUCGUCGACGUCGUCCGCCGUCGGGUCUGAUGGACAGCGGUGAGGAGUCGGGCGACGACCCCUUCCUCAGACCACACCGACUGACAACAUCCACAAACGUCGAAUUAGAAGGUAUGCAGCCACACACAUACCGACCGUAUCAUUCGUGACAUACCGGCGACACAAUCACUUUGGCUGUCUGUCUGUCUGUAUGUCUGUGUGUGUGUGGGUGUUUCAGUCGACGAGGAGGAGCUUUGCUUUUCCGGUCGGCAUCCAUCGGCGCAGACGUCGGACCCUGGUCGGCCAGCCACAUAAUAUACGCACACUCAAGUCAAGUGUGCUCCCUGCACUCACUGUGUGUGCGCUCGGUUGGGUUGGGUGUGUGCAGCUCUGCAGAGCUUCCACAAUACCAUGCACGACGCGACGGACGGGUCAGUCGGUGCACUCACGCCCACACGCCCCUUCUGCUGCACCAUGUGUGUGUGUGUGUGUGUGUGUGGAUGGGUGCCGCAGUUGGUGGUCGAGGGCACCCGUUCACUGUCGAUGGCGAUAUCUGAUCUGCACGAGCGCGUGCGGCGCCAGAGGAGGGCCUGCGGGGCCGUCAUCGUCAACCUUCUCCACCACAGACGUGUCGCAGCAGCUGGUGGAGCUGUGUCAAAACAGCACCGGGGAGCAGCCAGACGGGGGUCGCACCCCGAGUGAGCAUCAACUCGUACCCUCACUGCCCCCUCCUGAGCUCACCCCAGGAAGCAACAGGUACGUGACACAGGGGGGAGGAGGAGCUCACCCGAUACAUUGCUGAGGUGUGUUGUUUGCCUUGGUGCAGCCCUCUGCCACUUGAGUCGCCUGUGGCUGCGUUGGUGGACGAGUUGGACCGGUGCGGUGCGAGACUGAUCUUUCUGCGAGAAUAGCGAGGGCACGCGAGCACCUGCAAUACAUACACCACAACGUCGACGA